GGUGGGCGUAAAUACAUGGAAGAUCGAAUUAGUGUGGAGGUUGGGCGAGAUGUUAAUGGGCGAUUGGAUUAUAUUUUUGCUGCAAUAUAUGAUGGGUAUUGUUCUAUGUUUUAUGUUUACAUUUGGUUUGAUGGCCCUUGGAAAGGGCAAGAAGAGCAUUCCAACUCCCAAUAUUUCCCAUAAGCACGAGUUCAAAUUUUAUCUGUUUCGAAUCUCGAUAUUUGCCAGUCGGAUUCGGUUUCUCGUUCUUCUUGCUCAUUUUUUCUAUGGACCAGCAUGGAGGGCCACAAGCGAGUGAAUAUGCUUGUCAAAAUUUACUUGAUAACGUUGUUGGCAAUGAAGCAUUCUUCUCCGACGAUGAUCAACAGGUUCUUGCUGCUAUAAGAGAAGGGUUUUUGCAAACACAUCACGACAUGCAAAAGGUUGCCAAAAUGUGGCCGCCAACAGUUUCUGGCUUUCCUUGCACUGCUGGUACAACUGCAACAGUUGCUUUUAUUCGAAAUGGGAAACUUUAUACUGGACAUGUCGGUGAUUCUGCUAUAAUUUUGGCUAAUUUUGAUGAAGCUGCUGCUGGAUUUAAUGAUGCAAAACUUACGGAAGAUCACAAACCUGAAAAACCUUCUGAACGUGAAAGAAUUGAAAAAGCAGGUGGAGCUGUAGCCUCAAAAGCGGUUUCUUUUUUUUUAAUUUUAUAUUCUUUAAUCAAUCUUGCUUUUAAGGGAAUUGUUCGGGUAGUUUGGAAGCGGCCGAUUCGUGGUCAUCGUGGCCCUGUUAGACGUUCAACUUCUACAGAAUGCAUUCCUUUUUUGGCAGUAGCACGUUCACUUGGAGAUUUUUGGUCUUUAAAUCCUGAUAAUAAUCAAUUUGUGGUCAGUCCAGAACCCGAUGUUGAUGUUUUUCGUCUCAAGAGCACUGACAAUUUUCUUGUGCUUUGUUCGGAUGGUCUUACAAAUGUUGUCACUUUUCGAUCAAUUGUCCAGAUUUUGCAUGAUAUCGACAAGCGAAACCAAUCCCGUUCAAUCAAUUAUUCACAUUAUCUUCUUCAAAAUGCUUUAAGUAAAUGGGGAGGCCUUCGAGCUGAUAACAUUUCUAUUGUUUGCAUCAAAUUAAAUGCCGAUAGAAUUCCAUCAGAUCAUCCCGACAUUUUAGAGAGUAGUGUAGAUAUUGAUGUUUGCAAACAACUGACAGAAUAUCCUUUUGCAAUGUUUCAAGUUGGUACAGACAAUACUUGUAGAUUGAAAGGCGAAAAAAUUCCUCACUUUUUUGAUGGAGUUUUUGACAAAGGAAUGAAUUCUGCUCGGAAGAAUAUGCCAGUAAAUUUCACUGGUCCCGGCUUUGUUGUACCUGAAAUGGUUAAUCAUUUGAAUGCAGUCGAAACAGUUAGCAGCUCCUCAGUCUGUGGGAGCGAGCCUGGACAGAAUGGUCAUGAUUAUGGUGAAAGCAGCGAUGUUGAAGAGGUUAAACAUCAAAAUUCUGAAGCAAAAAAUUUGGAAAAAGAAGUGAAUGAAGAAGAGUUGCCAAAAGAUGUGGAAGAUGAUCAGAAAGUUGAUCAAAAGGUCCAAAAAUCAAUUACACCGCCUGAAACUCCUGACAAGCCAGAAGGAUUAUUAAAGGAAUAUAAGAGGAAUUAUUAUUUGGAGACAUCAAUUCGUCAACAAAUUGUUGAAUCUACAAAUGUUAGAAAGUCAAUUCUUUCCACAAUGUCAACUUCUCGUGCUGGGGUUAAACGGCGUAGGACAGAAAAUGAAGAUUUUGGUGGAGGAUUUAAUCGUACUACAUCAAGUCUUUAUCCUUAUCCUUCAUCGUCUACUAAGAGGGUUUACUUCGAAGAUCGUCCUGAAGAUGUUGCUGAUGAGGCUUCAAAUCCGCCACCAGCCAAACGAUCGCGACUUCAAAGUGUCCUCAAUUUCUUCACAAAAUUUCUCAAAUGGUAGAAAAAAGAGUAGAAAGGUUUAAAUUUCGAAUGAUUUUUUUGAUUUAAAAAUACACUCCGGAAAAAAUGCUUCGGGUUAAGCAUAUUAAAAUGCCUGCCACACAUCGAAAUUUUAUUUUUGUUUCGAUAC